AUGCCGGGAACGCGCCCUUCGUUCGCUUCGUUAUGCAAAUCACUAGUAGCAGGGGGAGUUGCCGGUGGCUUGUCGCGGACGGCUGUGGCUCCGCUAGAACGUCUAAAAAUUCUUAUGCAGGUCCAGGGUAAUGAAAAGAUUUACCGUGGGGUUUGGCAGGGGCUUGUUCAUAUGGCGCGGACGGAAGGCGUGCGGGGAAUGAUGAAGGGCAACUGGACGAAUUGCGUCCGCAUCAUACCAAACUCUGCGGUGAAGUUCUUGACUUACGAGCAGCUAAGCAGGGAAAUGUCAGACCACUACCGGUCAACUACAGGAAGCGGCGAGUUGACGCCCACGCUGCGCCUGCUGGCCGGCGCCUGUGCGGGGAUCAUCGCAAUGAGCGCGACAUACCCACUGGACAUGGUUCGCGGUCGGCUCACGGUGCAGGAGGGACGCAACCAGCAGUACCGGGGUAUCGUGCAUGCGACGCGGAUGAUUGUUUCACAGGAGGGCCCUCUGGCGCUGUACCGGGGAUGGCUUCCCAGCGUCAUCGGCGUGGUGCCCUACGUGGGUCUCAACUUUGCAGUGUACGAAACCCUGAAGGCGGGGCUCAUGAAGCAGUACGGGAUGCGGGACGAGCGCGAGCUAAGCAUCGUGACGAGGCUGGGAUGCGGCGCCAUGGCGGGGUCGAUGGGUCAGACGGUGGCGUACCCCUUCGACGUGGCGCGACGUCGCCUGCAGAUGUCUGGGUGGCAGGGCGCUAAGGACCUGCACAGCCACGCGGGUGACGUGGUGGUGUACCGGGGAAUGGUGGACUGCUUUGUGCGGACGGUGCGGGAGGAGGGCGUCCAGGCGCUCUUUAAGGGGCUGUGGCCGAACUACCUGAAAGUUGUGCCAUCGAUAGCAAUUGCGUUUGUGACGUACGAGCAGAUGAAGGAAUGGAUGGGCGUUGAGUUCAGGAUUGCGGAGUAA